AUGCAAAAGCUGAUGUUGCUAAUGUCGGUAAUCGUUGGAUUAUGCGUGUAUCUUUAUCUGAUGAACGUCGUUGACAGUUCGACGUUAACCGCACCUCCGUUAUCGGCAGUGGUAGUUGCUUUCGAAGAUAUCUAUGAUUUAUCCUUGCUAGCCAACACUCUGUCGGAUCAAGGGAUCGAUGUCACACUGAUUAUACCGGCGUACAGCGAGGGUGAGCUUUACGAAACGUUAAUCGAUGUUGAAGUGGUGACGGUGAAAGUUCAAUUUGAGGAAUCAGCGUAUCCAGAGAAGAAAGCGAUCACGGCAUGCGAAGCACUGUUGAAGAAUGAAGAGAUUGCGAAUAAUUUACAGAAAAUUCAGCCUACCUUCACCGUGUUUCCUGCUCUCAGACACGAUGGUUGUCUGCUACCGUGGGCGAAAACCAUUGACUCCAUUCCGGUGAUAUUGACACGCGAUCGGGAGGAGGAGGUAUACGUUUUCGAAUACACUGGCGCUGCUUUGCCGGUUCAGAAUGCGGGAUUUUGGAGUAGACUCUGGACGAGUUCCUCGAGGAGGUCAAUAUUCUCUACGGCCAGGGAAGAGUUUGCGGUGUAUGCUCUCCGGAUAGCGGAAAAAUACUUGCCAAACACCGGCCUCAAUUUAGACAAUCUUUACGCUGAUGUUCGCCUUAUACUUUGGGGCGCUGACGUUGUCCUGCGUUCAGAUUUCGCUCCACUCACUCAACUUAUCGUGGAGGUCGGCUGUCAUCACUGCAGAGGAGCACAUCCAUUGCAAACCGACGUGAACAAGGCGUUGAUCGAGUUCCGACUGGGCACUAUUGUGGCCCUUCUAGACGAGAAUUAUGAGACGUUAAUUAAGGAGCUGGCACAGAAACUGCCGCAGGGCAGGGAGGGUCAGGCGGUGGUAUGGAAGAACAUGAAAUGGCAAAGCUCGACUGCCUCACUGCCAGAGAAUCUUUUCAUUCACCCGGGAAUUGAUCGGCAAGACCUGAUAGGUUAUGGACGAACAAGAGUCGUAUUAAGUCACUGUGCAGACACAGAACUUCUGGAAGCCGCCUUCCACGGAACUCCAGUCAUAUGUUUCCCCAGAAAUGUUUACGAAACCAAAAAUGCUGCCCGAGUGGUCCAGCUAGGCUUUGCACGCUCCGUUAACGAGAUCCGUUCUUUAACUGGCCAGAAGGUGGCCAACACUGUGAUCCAAAUCCACGAGACCAUGGAUUAUCGUGAGAACGCUAGAAAAGUUUCAUUAGCCAUUCGUGACAGGAUAAAUCCUGCGGUAGAUAGAUUGAUCUAUUGGCUGCGUUACAUGGUCAGGUCAAAGGAUUGGAAUUUGGAUUUUAUGGUAGCAACUAGUCCAGCAAGAACCUCGAACGAAGAUAUUCAAUUUUUCCUUGGUCUCUUUGUGGGUAUUAUAGUAGGAGCGUUCACGGCAAUUGGUUGCAUGUUAGCUAGAUAUUUAAUAAUAUCUAAGAGGACACAGAGAUCAAAGGGAAGAUACACACGAUAAGUAUGAUAAAUAUGGAUAAUUGAGAAUACAUUCAUGGAAUUGAUAGGAUGGCUAAUUACGGACACUUUUCGCAUAUGUAUUUAUAUAAAUGCACGUAGAGUACAGGUACAUACAAAUACAAAUGUUACGAGCUAGGGUUUAUCUCAUUGCUAAUGAAGAGACGUAACUAUUUACGUGAAUACUUGAUCGAUAAGAUUGGUUGAUUGAUUGAUG